CACAUGUUAACUCUCAUAAUAAUCUUUGGCUCUUAGUUCAUCUAGAGAAAGAAAAAACUCACCUGGCUGAUGUUAAAAUGUCAAAUCCCGCCGCUUGUACAGGAUCUCAGAGUCAAUUAACCGUAGGCCAAGCUCUGGAAAAUAUCAGCCAACGUGACACCACUGAGUUUGAAACUCUGCAAAAAGACCAGGAGUCUCUCCGCUCCCUACAGGUGACUCUAUCGGAUGUGCAGAAGAAAAGCGACGAGGCUGAGAAGAAAUUGAGACAUAAAGCGAGAGACCUCCUUAUUGUGGAGGAUGAUAUGAUGCAUUUAGAGCAGGAAAUGCAGGCAAGACGUGACCACUGUACCUCCAUCACAGUGGACAAGGCAAAACUCCAGGAGCAAAUAAGUGAGGAAGAGGAGAAGGCCUGCAUGGCACGGGCUCAGUUUGACAUUUAUCGAAGAAAUAUGGUGAGCCACAGGCAGGCAGUUUUGCGCAAGAUGGACCAUACUGAUGCUUGCAAAGAGGAGAAGAGAACCCUUGUCGAAAAAUUGAGGACGGAGGAGUUGAAGGAGGAUUUAGAAAAUCCACAUGGAAUCAAAGUGCAGUCAGAAAAGAGAGAGAUUGAGGCCCUGACAGCGGAGAUUGGAGAGUUGACGGAAAAUAUAGCAGAGAGGAGGGAAAGCCUUCAGAAAGAGUUGGAGAGCCAUGUCCAGCUAAAGCAAGACAUCGAGGGGCAAACCAAGCGCUUUAAUGCCAUCAUCAAGCACCUUCACUGUCAAAUCAGCAAGGCCCAGGCCGCCCACAGGCUAAUGUCCAAAGACAUCUACUACAUGGAGAGACAGAAAGUUGAGCUUCAAAGGCAGUUGGGAUCAUCAAAUGACUCUGAUCAGUGUUAAAGCAACAAGAGAUACAGGACAUCGCGGCAUGCUACACUGACAAGUCAUGAGUUGUCGCUACAACAAGCCAGCAGAGGACAGCAGUGUCAAAUAAAUGUAUAGCUGUACAGCCCCAACCUCAUUGGGAAUGUACAAUAUUCCUUGUUCAAACAGCUACUAGUGUUUUGAACCGUUCAUGUAGCAUACUGUUUUACAUUCAUAUUUCCGGAAUAUGUUUCGCAUUUGGAAGAGAGACGAAGAGACAGUCAGCAGGAUGUUUUUCGGCCCACCACCAGGCCACCACCUCCUCCACGUUAGUUCAUCGUGGCCACAACAAUACGAACAAAAGCUUCAACUGUAGAUAUGUUUUGGUACACACUGUUCCAGCUUCCGCCUCAGUGGCUCGCCUGACGCUCGCUGAAGAGACAUUCCCACUGCAGGCUAACAAGGCGAGACUGGGCCUCGCCUCGUCGACCAUAUCUCAAAACGAAAUAGCAAUAAUUGGUAGAAGGAGGCAGCGUUGCUGCACACUACAGUCUGCUCUACUCACCAUAACUGUUGUAUAUUUUGAAGUAUGGUUUCUUUGUCCUCUGGUUUUCUGGAGUAAACGUACAAUAACGUUUCAGUGCUACUCUACUCAUGAACAAUGUAUUCCUAUAUUUCAUGGUAUUCCAGUGUUGAGAAGGGACAUAAACAUGGAGCGAUGAUGAAAAUGCUCCAGUGUUUGUUUAUUUUUGUAAUUGUUAAUUUCGGAGAAGUUUUAAUGUAUCACAUUUAAAUCAAAAGCAUGAUCAUUUUCGUAUAGAGAUGAUGUGUGCCUUUAAGGGGUGUAGCUUUGUGAGAGACCUCACAAACUUGGAGUCAGUCUGGUUGGCCUUUUACCAUGCAGUUUAGCUUUUCCUCCACAUUCCUUCCAAAUGUUCUCAUUUUGCAUUUGUGUGUUUGACUGUCCCAGUCACUAAAUGACUGAAAGUGCAUCGACAACUACGGCUCUCUUUUUUGAAAAACAUACUUCUCAUGGCAGUGUAUCUAAAAAUGAUGUGUAAUUCAAAUUUGGGCUUGCUACACAAAGCAUAACAAUCCAUCAAGCGAAGUCUCAUAACCAGAAAAACAAGUUUAUACAGUGAUCCCUCGCUAUUUCGCUGUUCGUUUAUUGCAGAUUCGAUGCAUCGCAGAUUUUUUCAAACAUAUUCAUUAAAAAAAAAAAAAUUCAUAUACAUGGAGUACAACACUGUAUAUGUUGCUCUAUGUGACUCGCUGUUGGUUUGCAGCUUCUCACGGACUGUUUGCGGACUUAAAAAAAUUUUUUUGUUUUUUUUUACCUGUAUAUGUUAAUUGGUUGCUAGUUUGCGGAUUUUCCUUUAUCGCGGGUGGUUUUGGUCCCCAUUAACCGGGAUAAACGAGGGAUUACUGUUCUAUGAUAUCAUUGUAAAGGUACAACUGUCUGUGUGUUUCAUGGCUCAUGUUUAUUCCGGGCCUGCGGAUGUUCUGAUAGCGAGCACAAGCCGGAUGAGCAUGUGUUUGUCAAAACCAGCACUUUAUGUCCAGAUUGUGCUGGAACAUCCUGGACUUCUCACAGAUUGAAGAGUGAUGGUGGUGGGAGUGGGUGGAUUGGGUGUGCUUUGUCAUUUUGUAUUGCCUCCAGUGAAGAUGACCUAUAUAUCAACUCAGUAUGUGUUGAUCUACAUCACAGGUGUCAAACACAAGAUCAGAGUUGGCCCGCCACUUCUUUUUAUGUGAACUGCUAAAGUAAAUCAAACAUGUCAACUUC